UUCCCCUUCUAAAAACCCACCCACUUAUAUAUCCAUGGAUUUGUUGAGUUACAUAAAGUGGAUACUACCAAUAUUUGCAACAAUCUUUUUAUUUGUAUCACUAGCCAAACCCAAAUCUAAAAACCUACCCCCCGGACCCUCACCUUUACCCAUAUUUGGAAACCUCUUGAAAUUCUUACCUCAUGUCACCCAACCUCACAAGUACUUUGCCGAGCUUGCUAAGACUUAUGGCCCCGUCAUGAGCCUUCAGCUCGGCUCCACGACUGUCAUUAUCGUUUCAACUUCCACACUUGCCAAACAAGUCCUCCUCAAAAAUCAUGAUGUUUUUUCAAACUUAUACCAUCUUGAUGCUAUUCGAGUUCAUGAUCAUGAAAAACUCUCCAUUGGCCCGUUACCACCCUCUUCUCCUAUGUGGAGGGUCCUUAAGAAAAUCUACAAUACCCGAUUGUUGAGUGACAAAAUGUUGGAAAACAUGCAAACACAUAGGUACCGAAAAUUAGAUGAAAUGCUAUGUUAUAUGAAAGAAUGCUCGAAAGCUAACAUCGUUGUUGAUGUUGGACAAGCGUUAUAUGAUGCUUCUUUCGAUAUGAUUUCUAGCACCAUUUGUUCCAUGGAUUCGGGUAAUGAUGCGAGGAUAAGAGAGAUUAAGGAUUUGAUGGAUUGCAUCAUUAAAGAGCUUGGGAGACCUAACAUUGUUGAUGGAUAUCCUAUCCUCAAAAUGAUUGAUCCACAACGAAUUAGACAUCGAUUAACCGCUUAUUGUGUUAAAUUGUUUAAGUUAUUUGAUGAAAUUAUAGCGAUGAGAUCGAUGUCCAGAAAUGAUCAAGUGUCAGGCCAUGGGUUGUACAAUGAUCUUUUGGACGUAAUCUUUGAUGUUAUGGAUGAACAAAGGGAUGAAAUUAACCGAGAUCACGUCCACCAUCUGUUAUUGGAUCUCUUUGGUGCGGGAAUGGACACAACUUCAAAGACAAUGGAGUGGGCAAUGGCAGAGUUACUUCGAAACCCUAUGGUUCUACGCAAAUUGCAAGAAGAACUAGACAGAGUGAUCGGAAAAGGCAAUACUAUUUUGGAAUCGCACAUCUCAGAACUUCCAUACCUACAAGCAAUUGUCAAAGAAACCCUUAGAAUUCAUCCAACAGCUCCUUUAUUACUCCCACGCAUAGUGGAGAAAAACAUAGAAAUUGAUGGCUUUGAAUUUCCCAAAGGUGCAAUGCUUAUAGUUAAUGCAUGGGCUAUUGGUCGUGACCCGCAUACUUGGGUUAACCCGGAUUCAUUCUCACCGGAGCGGUUUUUGGGGUCGGAGCUCGAGGUUAAGAGUCAAUUUAAUCAGUUAUAUACAUUUGGUGCAGGAAAGAAAAGUUGUCCUGGAAUGCCUUUAGCCAUACGUAUGGUUUCUUUGGUUUUGGGUAAUUUAAUAUGUUGGUUUGAUUGGAAACUUGAAGAGUUUGAAGAUCUACAAAAGGUUUUUGAAAUAGAUGAUCAUUUCGGAAUUACUUUAAAGAAAGCCAUAUCUCUACGUGCUAUUCCAAUUACUCGUGCAUAGAACACUUUAUUUGAAGCUGCUAAAAUAUUUGUUUUCUUAUUUUAUUUUGUAUCAAUUUGUCCUUGAUUGGUUGAGGCUCCUAACCUAUAAUAUUGGUAGCCAAUGUUCACUUAGCUUGUACUAGCAAAAAUUAUCAAUACAUUAAUUAAUU